GCUGUAAUUGUUUUGCUAAAAUUUCUGGAGUUUGGUUUUCACGCAAAUUUUUUUCGGCAUAAUGGAAUAAAUUCACUAAGUUAUUGUAGAAACUUAAGCCCAAUGCUUCGUCUAUCCUGUCUCGUGCUGCCCAAGGAAGUGGCUUGCAGGCGUAAUUUUGCUAAUCAACCAAAAUCAAACAAAGUGGAAACUCAUUAUGAUGUGCUCAACGUCCGUAGCGACUGCAGCACCCGGGACAUACGUAACGCCUUUGUCAAGCUCUCUAAACAGUACCAUCCAGACAUGAAAAGUAAUGUCGCUAAUUCAGCAAAUUUCGUUAAAAUCUCGGAAGCCUACCACAUUUUAGUGAAGCCGCAAACGCGCAAAGAAUAUGACCGUAAUUUGAGUUGGGUUGCGACAAAUGACCGUGUCGAACAGGAUAGCGCGCCAUGGGAAGUGAGACCCAAUUAUACUACAAACCCUGGUCCUUAUUAUGGUAUAAAAGGCUUGAAUCGCGUCUCAAAUUUGAAAGUGGCUUUAUUUUUAUUGGCUGUUGGUAUUUUUGGCGCCAUUUUUGGAUUUGGUUCGGUCAGGCACUCAUUCGAGCUAAAUCGUCAAAUUCAGGACGAAAUGUCGGCUGAAGCAAUCUCCCACCAUGCCGCUGUUGUGGCUGACGCUCAAAAAUAUGGCAAUGAAGAGCAGGUGCGUCGUAUGGUGGAACGCUUAUCCAAGGAUCCCUACAAUCAAGCAAUUUCCAAGUAGUUAUAUAUAUUUUUUCUCAUUUUUGCGUAGUUUCAUUUGUGCUGACGAAACCAAAAGUAAAUAUUAAAGAUGUAGAUAUUUUUGGUAUAAACUA